AUGACUCAGAAACAGAACACGCUAUUUCAUGGGAUCUGUAUUCCAGGAGUUGUUAUAAUUAAUAAAAAAUAUUUGUUUCAUGGAAUAGUAUUAGCAUUUACAUUAAGUCUUCUUAAAAUUUACCGUGGAAGAUCAUGUAUAUCUCUUCAUCCAGAUAAAUUCCAAGAAUUUGAAUUGAUUGAAAAAACUAUUAUUAAUUAUAAUUCUGCUAUAUAUCGAUUUGCUCUUGCUAAAGCAAAUGAUAUAUUAGGUUUGCCAAUUGGACAGCAUAUAAUGGUAUCUGUUACUAUUGAUGGCAAGAAAGUUUCUCGUCCAUAUACACCAUGUUCUUCUGAUGAUGAGCGAGGAUAUUUUGAUCUUCUCAUUAAGUCGUAUCCUACUGGAAAAGUUUCAAAGUAUAUUGGUGAGAUGAAAAUUGGUCAAACAAUCAGCGUUAAGGGUCCAAGAGGAAAAAUGAGAUACUAUUCAGGACUCGUUAAAGAAUUUGGAAUGAUUGCUGGAGGUACUGGGAUUACGCCAAUGCUUCAGAUAAUUAGAGCUAUUUUAAAAAAUCCAGAAGAUAAAACAAAAAUAUCUCUUAUAUUUGCUAAUGUUACUGAAGCCGAUAUUCUUUUGAAAGACGAAUUUGAUAUAUUAGCUAAUAAAUAUUCAAACUUUAGAAUCUACUAUGUUCUUAAUAAUCCUCCUUUUAAUUGGACAGGUGGUGUUGGCUAUGUUACUAAAGAUAUAAUUAAAGAAUAUUGUCCUCCACCUGGACCUGAUAUGAAAUUGUUAUUGUGUGGACCGCCUCCAAUGAUAGUUGCUAUGAAAAAAGAAAUAGCUCUUCUUGGAUAUGAUACACCAAGUUUAGUUUCUAAAUUGACUGACCAAGUUUUUGUAUUUUAA